CAAUGCAAAUAGUCCAUCUCUUGGCAAACACAAACAAGGCAUACAAAUAAUCACAAUCCAGAAUCCCUAAUAGGACAGCGUGUAGUAUCAGAUUCUAACUGAGCCUGACUCGAUAAACGCCGCCAAUAGGGGUCCAUUGAGUAUGCUCAUUGAACUGAGACGUAACAUAGAACUAUAGGGUCAUGUACAUAGUGUGUGAGCAAUGCAGAGCAAAGGUUUGUGCAGUGCGGUAUCACACGGCUGGAAUCCCACUACCGGUGCUAUAUAUUAUCAUAGGCUAGCUGUACGCCAGCCAUCACACAGCACAUGUAGAGGCGUUAUUGGCUUGGGGAUGGUAAAUUGAGUAUAUGCUCUCGGUUGGAUUGCUGGCGGCUGGCAGGACUCAGAGCGUAGCAUUGUUGUGUUCACUGCGAUGGUAAUGGUGGUGUACUUAUAUGUGGGAAGCUAGCCAGAACCGGGUCAGUUCAGGUCUCUGACAGCUCAAGCUCAGUCUCUUUAGCAUAACGCUGGUUCACGUUACUCUCUCUCUCUCCGACCCAUCUCACUGUCUUCUUGCUCAGCCAGGCUACACUGGUGAUUCUACCCAUCGGAGAUCAAGGAAUACAGCUCUUCAUUUGUCCUGUGUCUUGGAAUAUAUACUGCAGCUCAUUAAUGUCUAUGUGUAUCAUCGUCAACCAGGAAAUAUACAACAAUUUUUGACGUAUAGCUGCUUUUCCUCUAUACCGGACUGUAAUCCAUCAAUGAACCGAGGUCACACAUAGUUGCUCGCUGUGUAACAAGGACAGGUUUAUCUCAUAAUGAUAUUUCAUCGUAAUUAUUGAGGUAUAUAUCUUCAGACUAUUGAAACCCUUCAAUGGGCAGUUUGAUGUGAAUAUCAGCUGUGAGCUAUUCCUGGUAUUCUAUCUUUAUUCAGAAAGUGCUUGCUAACGUGUGUGACUACAUCAUACCCACAGAACAUUGUAGGUUGGCUCAUCACACGGUGUAAUAUAAUUGCAUUCAAUCAAUUUAUAAUGCAUGAAAAUAUCAAGGUACCUGCAUGCUGAAUACGAGCUCGUCAAGUCUAUGCUUUCAACUGCAGGAUUCAUUCAUUUAUAUAGUGGAAGCCAUAACUCAUCAGGAUUCACAUUUGUUGCCAACUUACGGAGACAGUCGGCAGCAAAGUGAUUAAUCACCAAGCGGUAGAUAUGUUGCAUUCCUUGAUCAGACCAUAAGCGGAUUUGUUUUUGUCUUUAUAAUUUUCCUUGGAAAUGAAAACUGAUGUGUUGAAUGUCGUUUGGUGGCUUUGAGCAAAUUUACCUCAUGUGAAAUCUACAAGCUACAGUACAUGAGGAUUGUUUUUACUGGAAUCCCUGUAUCGUAUGAAUAAACCAUUGAUUUCUAACAUUUUAUUAUCAAAGUACUGAUGAGGAUUAAUUGUUACGCUGAAACUAAUUCAUGAAUGAAAUAGCUUUCCAUUGGUAGCCAGGAUCUGCAUGAUGAUAACUUUUGACUACAACCUGUGAAUAUUUGCAACUCGAGUGCUGUGGAAUAUAAUUUAUUGGCUUGCAUUCUGCUCGGCUACGCUUUGCGGACUAUACUCUACUGGCACUACCAGGCUUGUCAACAUUUGGAUUUUAAUAGUCCUUGAAGCGGAAAGCAAAGUACAUUAGAGGAAUAUCAAUUACAAUCAAACCAAACAACUUGGCGUGAUACUGUUUCACCACCUCAAGCUCUCUUUCUUACAUUUUUCACUACUUGUGAUUGCCAUGGCAACUGCUCAUUAGAGGAAUAACAUUUCAGACAACUCAUCGUCACUGAUAUAGAUGUUGUUAUCACCAAGCUUUUAACGUUUCUAUUACUAUCGCCAUCCGCAAUCUGAUAUAGAUGUUGUAACACCAAGCUUUUAACAUUACUAUCGCCAUCUGCAAUCAGCAAGGGAGAUAGAGAGUACAUUAGAGAAUUUAAGUUCCCAGUAGAUUGAAUCUGAUCCUCGCGGGAGUGAUUUGAUCAUAUCUCCGCGGGAGUGAUUUGAUCAUAUCUUCAAGAUGAUUGAUAUCGAUGAGGCGAUGGCUCUGGAGACGGAGGUGGAGGAGAGCCAAGGGGAUAAGAAAAGAUUGGAGCCACUUAGAGUUCGAUCCUACUCAGAGUCCUACGUUAAAAAGAAAGCUUCCCCGUAAGGCCAGUGAUCCUAUAGGGACAAGGGAUUAUUACAAGGAAGAGGAGGAAGAUAUGACCUUCGUAAGGUUUAUGAAGAAUCACAAAUGUUAUGAGAUCAUCCCGACCAGCUCCAAACUAGUCGUCUUUGAUGCAGAGUUAUUGGUGAAGAAGGCUUUCUAUGCCUUGGUGUACAAUGGUGUCAGAGCAGCUCCACUAUGGGACAGCUCAAAGCAAGACUUUGUGGGUAUGCUGACAAUAACAGACUUCAUCAACAUCCUUCAGUACUAUUACAAAUCACCAUUGGUCAAGAUGGAUGAGUUAGAGGAACACAAGAUAGCAACAUGGAGAGAGGUGUUAAAAGAGAAAGCCAGACCGCUUGUGUGGAUCAAUCCAGAUCAAAGUUUGUUUGAAGCCGUCAAGAUGCUCAUCCAACAGAAGAUUCAUAGGUUACCAGUCAUAGACAACGCUACAGGCAACGUCAUCUACAUCCUAACUCACAAACGUAUACUGAAGUUCCUUGCUCUACUGCAAAAGACUGAAAUAAAGAGUCCCUCCUUCCUGAAGAAGACCCUUAAAGAACUCAACAUCGGGACGUACACCAACAUUGCCACAGCUCGACCGGACACCCCUCUGAUAACAGCUCUCAAUAUGUUCAUAAACAAGAGAGUUUCAGCCUUACCCAUCGUAGACGAGAACAACAAGAUUGUGGACAUCUAUGCCAAGUUUGAUGUCAUCAAUCUUGCUGCUGAGAAGACGUAUAACAACCUAGACAUCACCAUUCAACAAGCGCUCCAGUUCCGUCAGACAUACUUUGAGGGUGUGAGUACAUGCAAGGCUUCAGAGACAUUAGAAACCAUCAUGGAAAGGAUCAUCAAAGCUGGGGUCCAUAGGUUAGUUGUGACUGACGAUGAGAAGCAUGUGAUAGGCGUCAUCUCACUUUCAGACAUCCUUAAUAGUUUAGUGCUCAAACCAGCAGGUGUACCCAGUAGAAAGAGCAGCUCAUCAUCGUCAACACAAGGGUCGCCGCGGGUAUAGCAGGGUCACCAGCAGAGGGCAGUAUUUCCUACAAGUACUAGCAGUUGGGUAUCAGUUCUUAUGUUCCUCAGAGAUCGUACAAGGAGGGCUACGUGGUUUAGAAGAACCAUCAUGAGCACAAUAACAUACGGUCGCUUGAUGUAUCGGGUUCCAGGCCAUGGAUUGCCUGCUAGUGCAUCCUGCUGUAUUGGAGAUCAUGCAAAGUCAUCUCAUCGCCAAAGAUAUUCCCUGACUUAUUUUCUCUGUCAUUUUUUCAUUGUCACCAAUGUCUUCAUGAUGUUAUAAAGAUAUUAUAUUUUUAUUUUAUUUGAGAAUUAUAGUAGAAUCACCACAGGCACACAGGGAUCAUAAAUAGAAAUAAUUUUCUUUGUGGUAUACAGUCAAUAGUUCUACAGAGCUUACACGUUUGCAAAGAGUUACAUGUACAUGUAUUAUAAUUGCACUUUUCAAAGUAAACCUUUUGGCAACAUUUAUAUCUUUUUGAGACACAAGUCGAAUUAUAAGUGUUUGGGAAAUCCAAGCUUUGAGAUUCGUAGCAGAGUUAAACACAAAGAAAUUGCUUUAUCUGUGAUAUUCCACCUUGUGUUAGCUUUGGUCAGGCAUGUCAUUUGAGCAGCUCGCUAGAACAGCUGAAGACAGGAAGAUAUGGAGAACCUGUGUCUCAAAGUCCAUUUCAUUGUAGCCUUAACGGCCUCCAACCAAGCUAUGGGACAUAGAUACCUGUAGCUAGAUUUGGUUAGUUAGUUUGGGUUGCUGGGCUAAAAUGUUUAAAGAAUUCACAAAUCACUCAUUAACCAAUUGAAUACUAGAUUAUCUAAUUCCCAUAGGCUUAACACAUGGACCAACAGGUUCCAGUAAGCAAAGGGUUAAAAUCUUCCAGGAAGAAUCUCAAGUUUUCGAUGAUUCAGAUGAUUUCGAAGAUCGGGUGGAACGGAAUGACUGGAGUUGCAAGGACAGACAUUUCAAAUGUUGUGUCUCUACUCUAGGUGUUUUCUUAUAUGAUGCUGUAAACAUAUGGAUUGUAGGAAUCAAAAUGGGAAAAGUUGGUGGCCAGUAUACCACUUGUAUCUACUACAACUCGCUUUACUUACCUAUCUGUUUCAUAGUUGCCAAUCUCCAAUUAGAAUUGCCCCAAUACCUGAGAUUAAGAAAGUUUUUUGAACUUUCAAAGAACUUUUUCAGCUACGGGGCGCAAUUCUAAUUGGCUUUAGAAUGGCAAUUAUGAAGUAGAUAGGUAAGUAAAGCCGACUCAUAGAUAAAAUGUUAGGUCACAAACAUACAGAUAUGCUUUAGAAAAGAGUUCUGUGACACAUCCAACAUUAUUCACCUGUGUGACAGUUUGGGUGUCUAAGUUGAGACAUAUACUGGCGGACUGAAGCUAGCUGCCAGUUUUAAAAACUUUAGUCUGCUUCAGUCUGUCAGCACAAAUCUAAGGAAGUUAUGUGGACUGACGAUACAAAAACUGUCACACAGGUCGAUAAAUUGUAAUGUGUCUUGGAAUUCUUAUCUAAAUUAUUUAAACCAUCUUUUCUAAAUUAUUCAAACCAUCCUGAUCAAAUUGUUUGUCACUUAUAUAAGGUUCUGUAACACUGCUAUUCUUUCUCCUGUCUUGACAAUGUAAGUGUCCUUUCUGCAUGUGUUACACGGAAUCGAGAGUUAAUACUUUGAUAAUUUUUUAUCAAGCUUUUGAUUAUUUAUUUUGAUUACAUUGUGAUUUUCUACUGAAAUAUUGGAACAUGAAUUUAUGUUUGCUUUUGCAUGAUAUUCUUUUCCGUGAGAAAAAAAUGGAACAUAUCCCCUUUUCCUUGGAAAUUUGAAGAUCAAGCUCACAUAUUAUUCAAAGUGAUGCUCACAUAGUAGGAUAUGCAGAGUAAAGAGAAACACAUGGCAAGGAAUGGUUGUAUACUUUAAUAACUUCAUGCAUAGGGACUUGCUGGUAGAAUUUAUGAAACUGUACAUGUAACUAUAUCAUUAUAGAAGGAAUAUCUAAGUACUGAGAAUGUUCCUUUGAACUUUGUAGCAUUGAAAAUCUUUACAAAGGAAAGUCCUUUAUUUUAAGCUAUCAUCCCUAUAUGAUAUUGUUAGAAGUAUAUUUUUGAACCCCAAUCGAGUUCAAGAUUGUACAACAACUUGGAAAGGGCUUCAUGGUGUCAAUAUAUUCAGGACUUCCAGAUUUGUUCAAGUUAUUAAAACAAAUAUUUCCCCAACCACCAUCAUUAAAAAUUGUAUACCCAGUUACCUGUACUUUAUGAACAAAUGUUUGUUCAAUUUGUUUUUUCUUGACUUACUUUUUAUUUCUUGUGGUUUUAACAAACUUGGGAACCUAUGUGAAGACAAGUAUGUUUUCUUUGCAAUAAUUUUUAUUUUAACUCAUAUUUUGUGAAUGGACUAUGAUUGCAUGUAUACUUCAUUUUUUUUUCUUUUGGUGAUUUUUUGUUUGUUGCCAAAAACCUGUAUAAAUGUAAAUAGAAAGCAAAAUGAAAUAAUUUGUAGCAAAUUGUUUUUGAAAUAUUUAAUAUUGAUAUCACUAAUGAUCACUUUGAUUUGUUGCUUGUUAUCUCGUGGAUAUGAUUCAAGUGUGUUGUCAUUGUUAACAAAUGAACAUCACAACAAAA